GUUUUGUCCCAUAGAGGUCAGCACUGGACCUUACUCCAGAACUCUUGUCGUGCUUUAUGGAACUGCGCACACACUGCACUGAUGCGCACACUAUCUACCCGACAGCACGGAAGCAAUGCAGGAUCCCUGAUUGGUAUUGAACAGUUGCGGUCACUCUUGUGGCAUCCUUUCUUCACUGCCACCGACUGCUUACUGGACAUGCUGGAACAGAUGCAGCUGGACAGGGAGAAACAGGCAGCCAAGGCCAAAAGCAAGGGCAAAGCACCAGAUGAGGAGCCCACGUUUUUUGGCUAUCAACCAGAGGAAAAAGGUGGUGCCCAUCUUAAGUUUGAAUCCCCCUUGGAUAACCUGAGUACGGUGGAUGCCCGGUGGGUCAGGCGCAUCGUAGAGAGGACCAUAGAGAUACUGUACCAUGAGGGAAAGUGGGAGAGACUGGUGGAUGUCGCCCUCAGGUUCAAUGCAUUGACAAAUGACAGAUAUGCGGAGCAGGUCAUCCCUCUCCUAGUGCAGGCACAACGACAGCUCCGUGACAGACUGGAGGAGAUCAAUGCACCAUCCUACCCACAGGCGCACUUCCGUAAGAUUCUGAAGGAGCUCGGGGGCACAAUGACGGCCAAGGACUNAUUUCACCAUGACAGAUAUGCGGAGCAGGUCAUCCCUCUCCUAGUGCAGGCACAACGACAGCUCCGUGACAGACUGGAGGAGAUCAAUGCACCAUCCUACCCACAGGCGCACUUCCGUAAGAUUCUGAAGGAGCUCGGGGGCACAAUGACGGCCAAGGACUAUGCUCAGAUGCAGAUCAGGGUAGAAGUCCAGAAAGACCAGUUGCCCGCCAUCCACCCUGGGGCUCAUAUUGACCCUGAGGGUCACCAAGUGUAUCAAG